AUGGAAAGCGAGGUGGAGUCCGUGCUGAGGCUAGUCGAGACUCUGAUGAUGCCUCAAGGCGGCAACUGCAGCAGCUCCGACCACGACACGCCCUCCGUUCGCGAGUUCCUCCACAGUAUGUCCAGUUGUUCGAUUUUUUCAAAAAGGCCUUCUAAUAGAUCUCGAGCCGUUUCAAGUCGUGCUUCUGACCAUCGCAAGCUCCUUCACUUUCGUCGUGUUUCUACUCGCCUUGGUCCAUUGGUACUACGUCUACAGAUACAUCUCGUUGGAGGAUCGUCGGAAUAAACUCUAUUGGCUCAUCGCCGUCUUCCCCGUCAGUUUUGCCUUUUCCCGGCAUCUGACGUAGAAAGUUUCAGGUGGCUUCAGGCUGUUCUUUCGUCGGGAUGAUGGUUCCGAGGACGGCGCUUAUCCUGACGGCCUGCGGAAUUCUCUACUACCUGAUGUGUCUUUUUGUGCUUGUCUCCCUCUGCAGGUUCCCCUUCCCAUCGUUUGCAAACCGAACUCUUUCUUUUUAGACAUCUCUUCGGCGGUCGUUCUUCCUUUUGCAACAGCCUACAGUACGACUCGAGGCCCAUUGACAUGCGGAGUCCUCCUUUCUGUUGCAUCAUUCCUUGCAUGCCUAAAGCGGAAUCUUCCGAGUGAGUUUUUGUAGGGUCCCGGACAGUUUGAGAAAGUGUCUCGGCAGGCACAAACUGAACUGAAAACUUUUGAAAAUGAGUUGUAUUCAAAACUGACAGAUCUUAUAGAAGAGAGACAAAAACCAAGUUCUUUUCCAGACGCAACAUCCGUCGGCUCGAGUUUCUGGUUCUUCAAGCGCCGAUUGUUCGCGCCGUCAUCAUUCUCAGUGACAUCGUUGCUGUGGCUGAAAUGCGCGAAAAUGCUUCAACGUGAGAUAUUUUCCAGUCUUGUCAAUUAUUUUGAAACGCUUCCAAUUUUUUGUUGUUGCUCUGUGUGGUGAAACCUCCGGAUGGCCAUCCAAGACUUAAAAUUUCGAUCGAUUUUUCUUCAGUUUUCUGCGUUAUUCGGACAUGGCGUCAGUUUGUUCGCUACUCUUGGCGAUUUUCGGAGUCCACACUCUGGCGAGAGUGACAUCGGUAAGGCUUUCUGUGAUAUCAACCGUUAUUCGCGAGAUCCCCAGAACAAACUCUCGGACUACUGCUUCAUGUCGAUGUUCCGACUCGUCGACGUGUCGCUGCUCUUCUUCUCGGCACAGCAACCGAUGCUCUUCCAGAAUGUCCUGCUCCGCUUCGAGCUGAUUGACUGUGGCCCGUUGCUCAACGCUCAGGAGAACGCGACUUGUGAGACCCUGUCCUCCUAGAACCAGUCCCUGAUGAGCCGUUUUCAGUUGUGUGCAACUUUGUCAUCGUCUGCGAGAUGGCGCUUCUGAGCGUCUUGGCGACGGUGUUGCUGGCGCCUCGACGGAAUGCCCUUUUCGACCUCUACCGCUCUUCGGCCAAGUCGGUCCGUGUCGCGUCGUCCCUCAACGAGACCGAGCAGUCCAUCAUCGAAUACGAAAUGUAG